UUAUGGCUAUGGAGAUUAGAUAUCUUGAUUGUAUAUUAGUUCCAAUUGGUCUUUUAAUAAUGACUGUUUAUCAUCUAUGGCUUCUUCAUCGUGUUAUCAAAUACCCUAUCAAAACUAUCAUCGGCAUUAAUGCAAUUAGUCGCCGAUUCUGGGUUCAUUGCAUGAUGGAGGAUGUACAGGGCAACGGUGUCUUAGCAGUUCAAACGUUACGUAACAACAUAAUGGCAUCAACGGUAUUAGCCUCGACGGCGAUAACGUUAAGUUCGCUCAUCGCGUUGUUAAUGACGAGUAACGCCGGCGAGAAAUCGGCGAUCGAUGUCGGAGAUUUAAGUCACCGGGUUUUUUCGAUCAAGUAUUUUGCUAUGUUACUUUGUUUUAUGGUGGUCUUCUUAUUGAAUAUACAGUCUAUAAGGUAUUAUAGCCAUGCGAGUAUACUUGUUUGUAUACCGCCGAAGAAGAAGAGUACGGAGAACCAGUUCCGCCACUGUCUUACGGCGGAUUACGUGGCGACGAUUGUGAACCGUGGAAGUUAUUUUUGGUCGUUGGGAUUACGUGGCUUUUAUUUCUCUUUGCCUCUUUUUUUGUGGAUAUUUGGACCAAUUCCUAUGAUUUUGUGUUGUUUGGUCCUGGUCUUUUUGCUUUAUUUUCUGGAUAAUAAUGUUGAAUUUGGUUCGCCGGUUGUGGAAAUUUCCGACGAUAAUCACGGUGGUUCUGAGGAUGAUACCGAGGUUGGUGUUGUUUACCCCAUCGGUUAA